CGCGUCGUCAGCUGGAGAGCUGGAGUCAACGGUCCCCGCGCAGGCAGCGGAGCGGGCCCUGGGCAGCGGCUGCGAGGCUCCUCAGCAAAYCUUACCCUUUCGGUAAUGCCGUCUUACUUAUAGGAACUUCUUGAAAUACAGUAGCAUCAUGGUCGAUGUAGGAAAGUGGCCAAUAUUUACUUUACUGUCACCUCAAGAAAUAUCAUCUAUUCGAAAAGCCUGUGUAUUUGGUACAUCAGCUAAUGAGGCUAUAUAUAUAACACACAAUGAUGAGGUGUUUGUUUUUGGACUAAAUUGCAGUAAUUGUUUGGGAACUGGAGAUAAUCAGAGCACAAUCGUACCAAAGAAAUUAGAAGCCUUAUGUGGAAAGAAGAUUUCCAGUCUCAGUUAUGGAAGCGGGCCACAUGUUGUACUUGCCACUGAAGAUGGUGAAGUUUAUGCUUGGGGACAUAAUGGUUACAGCCAGCUUGGGAAUGGCACAACCAAUCAGGGCAUUACUCCCAUUCAAGUUUGCACAAAUCUGUUAAUAAAGAAAGUGGUGGAAGUAGCUUGUGGCUCUCAUCAUUCCAUGGCGUUAUCAUUUGAUGGGGAUCUAUAUGCUUGGGGCUAUAACAACUGUGGUCAAGUUGGAUCUGGAUCUACAGCAAACCAGCCAACUCCUCGUAGAGUUUCAAACUGUUUACAGGGUAAAACGGUAGUUGGCAUUGCUUGUGGUCAGACAUCCUCCAUGGCUGUAGUAAACAAUGGUGAGGUUUAUGGCUGGGGCUACAAUGGUAAUGGUCAGCUGGGUCUUGGGAACAACGGCAAUCAGCUCACACCAUGCAGAGUGGCAGCAUUACAUGGGGUCUGUGUGCUCCAGAUUGCCUGUGGCUAUGCGCACACGCUAGCACUAACAGAUGAGGGUUUGCUGUAUGCCUGGGGAGCUAACACUUAUGGGCAGCUGGGAACUGGCAAUAAAAGCAACCAGCUAAGCCCCGUGCAGAUCAUGAUGGAGAAAGAAAGGGUGGUGGAGAUCGCCGCGUGCCACUCCACGCACACGUCGGCCGCCAAGACGCAGAGCGGCCAGGUGUUCAUGUGGGGCCAGUGCCGCGGGCAGGCCGUGAUCCUGCCCCACCUCACGCACUUCGCCUGCACCGACGACGUGUUCGCCUGCUUCGCCACCCCCGCCGUCAUGUGGCGCCUGCUCUCCGUAGAGCAUGAAGACUUUCUAACAGUAGCCGAGUCUCUGAAGAAAGAGUUUGACAGCCCAGAAACCUCAGACCUGAAGUUCCGYGUGGAUGGGAAGUACAUUCACGUUCACAAAGCUGUCCUGAAGAUCAGGUGUGAACACUUCAGAACCAUGUUCCAGUCCUACUGGAAUGAGGACAUGAAGGAGGUGAUAGAAAUAGACCAGUUCUCUUACCCCGUGUACCGAGCCUUCCUGGAGUACCUGUACACAGACAGUGUGGACCUCCCGCCCGAGGACGCUAUCGGGCUUCUGGAUUUGGCUACUUCUUAUUGUGAAAACAGACUGAAAAAACUAUGUCAGCACAUUAUCAAGAGAGGAAUCACCGUGGAAAACGCCUUCUCGUUGCUCUCUGCUGCUGUCAGAUAUGAUGCAGAGGAUCUCGAAGAAUUCUGCUUUAAGUUUUGUGUCAAUCACUUGACAGAAGUGACACAAACUGCAGCAUUUUGGCAAAUGGAUGGUCCUCUGCUAAAGGAAUUCAUUGCUAAAGCCAGUAAAUGUGGAGCCUUUAAGAACUGAAGCAAGGGGCUGUACGUUUUGGGUGACUGCAGGCAUCUUCUUGCACUUGGCCUGGGGCAAGAGGCUGGCAGAAGCGUGCGGGUAAAGCACAGCUGGGCUCCUGUCUCGGAGGAUGUGAAGGUCUGUAUAAAGCCAAAAGCAAAUGUCUUGUGUGCUCAAGAAAGAGCGAACYGCCCCUCCCCAAAUGCCCAACUCCAAACCCCAAGCAACAUCCCCGCUUGCGUUUAGCAACUCAGGCUGGUGGAAGCAGCUCAGGACUUCAAGGGGAGGGGGGAAAAAUUGCAGCAUGCAGAUGACACCAAGUGGUGUUGAGGACUUCUCAGGCUAGGAAGUCUCGAUUCUAGCACUGUCAAUAAUUGAAAUCUAGUCCUGGCCUUUUGGCAGUCCCGCCUGAGCCACAGAACGCUGUCACGUACCCAUUAACUCCCCGGGAUCCCGGCCAAGUGGAGGGCCCGGUGCUCUCUUCAUGCAGCCGCAUCCUGGUGAACGAUGUUGCCAUUUGCAAUUAAUCACGUGUAUCUCGGCGCUUCACGGGUGCAGAAAUAAUAAUGUAUCCUCAAAGCAAGUGAUGGCCAAGAAAGGAGCAACUAACAGGCAGUAAAGUGCUCUGAGUGUUCCUUAAUGUAAGUAGAAGUGUGUACUUUGUGUAAGCUGUACAGCAAUAUUUAUAAUGGCUAAGGAAGGACUUACCUCUGGUGACAUCAGGUUAAGUUGGUAGCCCUGGAGGGCAGGGAUGGGCUGCUUUGGAAGUGUGUGCGUGUACUUCAGGSUGUGUUUUUUCUUCUUUUUUUUUGCACUCAAGUAUUGUAUAAACUUAAAUUACAUGUAAUAAAAUUUUCUGUUUUGUACUUA